UGCUGACUGAGUUCUUUUUUCAAUUACAGGUGACUCUACCUGAAUUUUCCAACUACAGAAUGUGUAAUACCUUUAAAGGUAAAUGAAAACUAAGGUUGGCGAUGAUGAAUAAACUAGAAUUAAAGGAAGACAAGAUGCUUGAGGUUCGGUUUGUGGGAGAUGAUGAUGUUCUUAAUCACAUUCUUGAUAGAGAAGGAGGAACUAAAUUAAAAAAGGAGCGACCUCAACUUUUGGUCAACACAAAAAAAAUAAAGAAGCCGGAAUAUGAUUUGGAGGAAGAUGGCCAGGAAAUCUUAAAAGAUAAGAACUAUGCGGAAGUUUUAGGACGAGAUGUUCAAGAAUCUUUGAAAAAUGGCUCUGUUAUUGUUGGUGGGAAUAAAGUUUAUUCUUUUCAGAAUAGAAAACACCCUGAAAAGAUGGCUAAAUUAGCUUCAGAACUAGCAAAAACACCAAGAAAAAAUGUGUCAUUCAAUUCAAAGAAUGAUCCGGAAAUAAACAUUCCUCACUGUAGCAAGGGGCAUUCGACUUCAGAUGGAGUUCAGUUGAAGAACAAUGAUAAAAGUGAAUUUCUGUCAACAGUACCUCAUGGUCUAAGGAAAAGAUUAAUAGUCCCAAGAUCUCAUUCUGACAGCGAAAGUGAAUAUUCUACUUCCAACUCAGAGGAUGAUGAAGGGGUUGCACAAGAAGAUGAAGAAGACACUAAUAAAGUCAUAUUGAGCCCAAAGAUUCAAGCUCAGAACAGAGAAAUUUCAACUCCUGUUUGCAAAGAAACACCUUCUAAGAAAAUGAAAAGAGAUAAAACAAGUGACUUAGUAGAAGAAUAUUUUGAAGCUCACAGCAGUUCAAAAGUUUUAACCUCUGAUAGAACACUGCAGAAACUAAAGAGAGCUAAACUGGACCAGCAAACUUUGCGUAACUUAUUAAGCAAGGUUUCUCCUUCCUUUUCUGCUGAACUUAAACAACUAAAUCAACAAUAUGAACAAUUAUUUCAUAAAUGGAUGCUGCAGUUACACCUGGGGUUCAACAUUGUGCUUUAUGGUUUGGGUUCUAAAAGAGAUUUACUAGAAAGGUUUCGAGCCACUAUGCUGCAAGAUUCCAUGCAUGUUGUCAUCAAUGGUUUCUUUCCUGGAAUCAGUGUGAAAUCAAUCCUGAAUUCUAUAACAGAAGAAGUCCUUGAUCAUAUGGGUACUUUCCGCAAUGUACUGGAUCAGCUAGACUGGAUAAUAAACAAAUUUAAAGAAGAUUCUUCUUUAGAACUCUUCCUUCUUAUCCAUAAUUUGGAUAGCCAAAUGUUGAGAGGAGACAAAAGCCAGCAAAUUAUUGGACAGUUGUCAUCUUUACAUAAUAUAUAUCUUAUAGCAUCUAUUGAUCACCUCAAUGCUCCUCUCAUGUGGGAUCAUGUAAAGCAGAGUCUUUAUAACUGGCUCUGGUACGAAACUACUACAUAUAGUCCUUAUACUGAAGAAACCUCCUAUGAGAAUUCUCUUCUGGUUAAACAGUCUGGAUCACUACCACUUAGUUCCCUAACUCAUGUCUUGCGAAGCCUUACCCCUAAUGCAAGGGGGAUUUUCAGGCUACUAAUAAAGUAUCAGCUGGAUAACCAGGAUAACCCUUCUUACAUUGGACUUUCUUUUCAAGAUUUUUAUCAGCAAUGUCGGGAGGCAUUCCUUGUCAACAGUGAUCUGACACUUCGGGCCCAGUUAACUGAAUUUAGGGACCACAAGCUUAUAAGAACCAAGAAGGGAACUGAUGGAGUGGAAUAUUUGUUAAUUCCUAUUGACAAUGGAACAUUGACUGAGUUCCUGGAAAAGGAAGAAGAGGAGUCUUGAAGCUGUCCUUUACUAUUCAAUAUUUUGUGGAAAGGUUGUACUUCAUCUGCUACUCCUAUAGUCUAAAGUGUUGUGUUUACAUCCAACAUCAGACUCCUUUUCCAUUGUACAAGAUUUAAAAUUGGGAGGGGAAAAUAUCAUGAAUUAGAACCUCGAUUAGCCUGGCUGGUGUACCAUCUUUAGUACUAUGCUAUUCCGUGGUCCUCAAGUUGGAGAAAAUGUGCCUUUCAUUCAUUACCUCUCUGGAGAUUCUUGCUGGAAUGAACAUUGUGCUCAGGGACUAUUUGGAACUGGAUGUUUUUUAAUUAUUUUAUACUAGAGUGUUUUUUUUUUAACACUCUAGAAGCUGAUUGUUUGCAAAUGUGCUCGUUCCACAGUGUGGAUGUCCAAAGACAUUGGCAUCACGUAAGUCUGCUUUAUUUGUUGUUCUGUGUGUCAGAAAUGAUAAGUGAAACAGAGAAGGCAGAUAAUCUCUUACUAUUACUGAAAUGACUUAACAAAAGGUAUAAAAUUGGGGAAACUAGGUGAUCCA